AUGUACUGUCUCUGGACUACAAGAUUCGGACAUAUUCUUCUUCACUACAUUGUCUUACACUUAUGGAUUAUUAAUACACCAACAGGUGCAAAUUUGAAGGACAGCAGUGAGGGGAGGGAGGAUUUCCAGAGGAAGCCAGACGAGGUAGCUCAUUGGUGGGGUGAAUGGAGCAGUUGGUCCACCUGUUCCCGUACCUGCGGAGGAGGAGUACGCUCUCAAGAGCGUCACUGUCUGCAUCAGAGACUGACGUCUACCCAAAACAUCAACAGUUCCUUCUGCUUUGGACCAUCCAAGCAAUAUCAGCUGUGUACAAAUCAGCCAUGCCCAAACAGCAGAAUCAGCUUCAAACAGCACCAGUGCUCUCAAUUCAAUGCCAAAGCCUUCGGCAGGAAGCACUAUGAGUGGGUUCCACUUUAUCCGGAUGAUUACAUCAGCAUCUCCAACAAACCAUGUGACCUCCAGUGCACCACAACCACAGGAGAAAGGCAGCUGUUGGUGCCCGCCCAUGAUGGGACAUUCUGCAGGGACGGCAUCUAUCAGGGGGUUUGCAUUGAGGGCCAGUGUCAGGUGGUAGGGUGUGAUGGGAAAUUGUAUUCCAGUAAAACCAUAGACAAAUGUGGAGUCUGUGGUGGAAAUGGAGGUUCUUGUUAUCGUGUGUCAGGAUCUUACCGGAAAGGGAUCACACAGUUAGGUUAUGCCUUUAUAACCAAUAUACCAGUUGGUGCCACAGAUAUCCAAAUCGUUGAGCGGCGGAAAACUGAAAAUAUCUUGGCUCUGUCUGAUGAAGCUGGUCACUUCUUCUUCAAUGGAAACAGUGCGAUCGACAAUCCACGAAACUUCCAUGUUGCUGGGACAGUGUUCAAGUAUAGGAGGCCAGCUAACCUCUUCUCUGAUGGCUUUGAGUACAUCAUGGCUCAGGGUCCCACCCAGCAGGCCCUGAAUGUCAUGUAUUACAACUUCAAUGGAAAGAUGCCUCACAUCACAUAUGAGUACACAGUUCCUCAAGCUCCAGAGCCGAGAAUGGCACCACCCAUGCCCUCUACCCCUGAGCAGCCUAAAAUCAGCAACCUAAUGUCAAAGACUUCCAAAGACCCAUCACUGUCAGACCAGCAGUUGAACAUCUCCUCUACAGAGCUCUUUUCCACUCAUAAUGAAAUUGAAGCUCGUAAGGAGUUUGGAAAGAAAGGCAAUCAGAGUGCUUCAUUGGUUCCUCAAGAAAAUGUGGAGAUGCGUGUGGGCCAUGAGGAGCUGCUCUGGGAACUUCAGGCCUCUGUUAACCUCAGCGAUCUACCUGGACUGGUAUUAUUUAGACCCGCGAGUGAGGUCCUUCAGAAUGAGCUAGAUGGUGAAAUGCACCAUCUUGAGACACAAGGCAGUUUUGGCCAUGCGACCAAUUUGAUCGAUGGUGACUCGUCUAUUUCAAGUGACUCCAAUCACACAUCUACACCUGUUCUAAAGAGUCUCUUCUAUGAUGGGGCUCCAUGGCCCUCAGGCUCCAGACAGCCCUGUAAAGAAGAUUCAGCACUCUCGGGCUGUGCCAUACUCAAGCUUAACUCCAACUCCUCUCUGGAUAACAGCCUGACACUGGAGAUCUUCCCGGGCAAUCUGGACAUGCACAGUCCGGAUGGGGAACCUGUAUUUGGGCCUAAUACUGAGCCUAGGACUAAUGACUCAACAAACCACCAGCCCAAACUUCUUCAGCUCCACCAGGUGGAGUCAGUGCAGGUCCCCCACAGCGAGAGUAAUGAGUUUGAGGUGGAAUCUCUGGAUCCUGACAUCAGCCUGCCCGACAUGUACAGAUGGAAGUUAUCUGUGUAUGCACCCUGCAGCUCAACAUGUACCACAGGUAUAAGCACAUCUUAUGCUUUAUGUGUGAAGUUUGAUGGGUCAGAGGUGGAUGAGAGCUACUGUGAUGCUUUGACCAGGCCAGAGCCCACACAUGAGUUCUGCACAGGGAAAGAGUGUCUGCCCAGAUGGGAAACCAGUCGCUGGAGCGAGUGUUCCCGGACGUGUGGGGAAGGGUUUCAAUUCCGGACGGUGCGCUGUUGGAAGAUGAUGGCACCGGGAUUUGACAGCUCUGUGUAUGAUGAGUUGUGCCAAGCCACAGAGCUGCAGAAGCCCAUGACACGCAAAGCCUGCAAGAGUAAAAGCUGCGGUCCUCAGUGGGAGAUCUCUGACUGGUCUGAGUGUUCUGCACGGUGUGGUGGUGGUGGGGUGAAGAGUCGUGAGGUGCGCUGCUCCAUGGAGUCCAGGCUCUGUAAUGAGUCUAAUAGGCCAGUCAGCCAGAGAGAGUGUGAAGGCCCGCCCUGUGACCGCAGGUGGACCGUCUCUGACUGGGGGCCAUGCUCAGGGCCAUGUGGGGAGGGCAGAAUGAGGCGCUAUGUGGUGUGUAAGAACAGUAAUGGAAAGGUGAUCUCUGAUGGACAGUGUGAUUCAGAGCUGAAACCGCUGGCAGUGCAUCCAUGCGGAGACAAAAACUGUCCUGCCCACUGGGUGGAGCAAGAGUGGGAACAGUGUAAUGCCGCAUGUGGUCGUGGGGUGAAGACACGACAGGUGGUUUGUGCAGGGCUGGAGGGGGGCGUGUUUAAGGAGUUCCCCGACUGGAUAUGUGACAAAUCCCUCAAACCUUCAGACAGCACGGCCUGUUUUGCGAGACCCUGCUCCAAGUGGUUUACCACAUCCUGGUCUCAGUGCAGUAAGACAUGUGGGAUUGGAGUACGGGUGCGAGAAGUGAAGUGUUAUCAAGGAGUGGAGCUGGGCCAUAGCUGUGACUCCACACUGAGACCUGAGGCCAGGCAGAGCUGUGAGGUGCAACCUUGCACCACUGAGGCACCAGCUGAGGAUGCUUGUCAAGAUAAAGCAACAGUUAACUGUGCUCUUGUCCUUCGGGUGAAAUUGUGCACUCACUGGUACUACAGGAAUGCCUGCUGUCUGUCCUGCAGGAUCAAGAGCCAGUAAAGGCUUUCACUGGCUCCUCACUGGGGCACUCCUCAACAUACUGGAUGCACUGAACCCAGAACUGUACCUUUGCUUGACCCCAGAGCAAUAUCUUCAAUCCAACACUGUCAAUUCCUCCUCCAUAAAGAAAGGUGCUAUAAUAAUAAGGGCAUUGGCCCCAACGUGGUUCCCUCCUGCAGGGACCCGCUAAAGGCAGCUCCUGUAACUGGACUGCAGAGGAGCACUGGAUCUACUGGUGAUCAAGACUGCAUACAGUAGCCAUCAGUUCAACACGAAGUCCUCUGAUCAAACAACUGUGCAGGCUCCUCCUCUGUACUGUAAAAGCCUUGAUUCUGCUCUUACACAUGAAACUAUAAAUGAAUACACACACAAACACACCCACACAAA